CCCCGCCGCGCUCCGGAGCUCGCACCAUGGCUGGGGGCGGCUGGUUGUGCGGCUCCCGCGAGGGCUUCGCUGGCCUCUGGGACUGGAAUCAGACGUGGUAUACAGAUAACCCAAGCUUUACCCAGUGCUUUCAGAAUACAGUCAUUGCUUGGAUUCCCUGUGCCUAUCUUUGGAUCUGUUUUCCAUUCUAUUACCUGUUUCUUGAGCACCACAGCAGAGGAUAUAUCAGAAUGUCGCACCUCUUCAAAACUAAAAUGGUACUUGGAUUCAUAUUGAUAUUACUGUGUUUUUCAAACCUAUUCUAUGCCCUUUGGGAAAUAAAUCAAGGAACGCUACCAGCUCCAGUGUUCUUCAUUAGCCCAGCAGUUCUGGGGAUCACAAUGAUCCCUGCAGUGUUCCUCACCCAGUUUGAGAGGCUGAAGGGUGUUCAGUCUUCAGGCAUCUUGUUGAUUUAUUGGCUGCUGUCAUUCCUGGCUGCUACUGUGACUGUUAGUUCUAAAAUUCAACAGGUCCUGGAAGGGGGCUUCCCAGAGGACCCCUUCCGUCAUGUCACCUCUUACAUUUAUUUUAUCCUGCUGCUAGUAGAGGUCAUACUGUUCUUCUUUACCGAUUGGCCUCCCUUCUUCUCAAAAACUGUCAAUGACUCUAAUCCGUGUCCAGAACUUGGUGCCUCUUUUGUUUCCAAAAUCACUUUCUGGUGGUUCUCUGGGCUAGUCUGGAAAGGCUAUCAGCAGCCAUUACAAGCAGAUGACUUAUGGUCACUGAUGAAAGAAAACUCCUCAGAGGAAAUUGUUUCUCAGUUUGAAAGAGAAUGGAAAAAGUACUGUAACAGAGCCAAGCAAAACACAGAAUCCAUCAAAUACAAGAUGGAUCAACAAAGUGGAGCUGGUUUGGUCGAGACAGAAGAGACCCAGGUUCUGCUGCAGCCAGAACAGAGGCAGAGUCAGCCACUGCUGAAAGCAUUUUGGAACAUGUUUGGAACCUAUUUUCUUCUUGGUACCCUCAGCUUAGUCAUCUGUGACGUCUUCUUGUUUUCUAUUCCAAAGAUACUGAGCCUUUUCCUGGAGUUCAUCACGGACCGAGAAGCCCCAAAUUGGAAAGGUUAUUUCUAUGCAACGUUACUGUUCAUAUUAGCUUGCCUCCAGACUCUGUUUGAACAACGUUAUAUGUACGUGUGUCUUGUACUGGGAAUGAGGCUGAAGACUGCAGUCACAGGCCUAGUGUAUAGGAAGAUCUUGGUCAUGUCAAAUGCAGCAAGGAGAGGAGCAACUGUAGGAGAAAUUGUCAAUCUGGUAUGUGUCGAUGUGCAAAGGUUAAUGGAUCUCAUUAUAUAUUUUAAUGGGACCUGGCUUGCUCCUAUUCGGAUCAUCAUCUGCUUUGUCUUCCUGUGGCAGCUCCUGGGACCAUCUGCCUUGACUGCAAUUGGUGUAUUUUUAAUUCUUUUGCCUCUGAAUUUCGUGAUCACCAAGAAGAGAAGUCACUUUCAGGAGGAACAGAUGAACCAUAAAGAUAACCGAGCCAGACUCACCAAUGCCAUCCUCAGUGACAUUAAGGUCAUCAAACUCUAUGGCUGGGAGAAAGCCUUUAUGGAGAAAGUACUCGGUAUCCGAAAGCAAGAACUUCAAGCUUUAAAAAGCUCUCAGAUCCUCUUCUCGCUGUCUCUCUCUUCCUUCCACUCAUCUACAUUCCUGAUUGCAUUUGCCAUGUUUGCGGUCUACACCCUGGUGGACGAGCAGCACAUCCUAGAUGCUCAGAAAGCCUUCGUUUCUUUGACCCUGAUCAACAUUCUCAACACUGCUCACUCUUUCCUGCCAUAUUCCAUAAAUGCCGCUAUACAGGCCAAGGUUUCCUUAAGCCGUUUAGCUGCCUUUCUUAGUCUUGAAGAGCUGGAUCCGAACAACAUGAGCACAGUUACCUCGGACCACUCACAGAAUGGUAUCACCGUAAGGAAUGGAACAUUCAGUUGGUGCAAAGGAAGCUCUCCUUGCAUUAAAAGGAUAAAUCUAACCGUACCCCAAGGCUGCCUACUUGUUGUGAUUGGCCAGGUGGGAGUUGGAAAGUCCUCCCUGCUGUCUGCGUUACUUGGGGAGCUGCAGAAGUUGGAUGGCUACGCAGCUGUUAAGGGCACAGUAGCUUACGUCCCCCAGCAAGACUGGAUACAAAACGCUUCGGUGGAAGAGAAUAUCAUCUUUGGAGACCAGAUGGAUGAAAGCUGGUAUAACAGAGUGAUUGAUGCUUGUGCACUGCAGCCAGACCUGGAGAGCUUCCCUGCAGGAAGUAAAAGUGAAAUAGGAGAGAAGGGGAUAAACAUAUCUGGAGGGCAGAAACAAAGAGUGAGUCUUGCUCGUGCGGUGUACAAGAAGGCAGCUGUUUACCUGCUGGAUGACCCCCUUUCAGCUGUGGAUGCCCAGGUUGGACAGCAUAUUUUUGAACACGUCAUUGGACCCAAUGGCUUACUGAAGGACAGGACUCGUGUUCUGGUGACCCAUGCAAUCAACAUUUUGCCCCAAGUGGACAAUAUUGUUUUGAUGGUGGAUGGAGAGAUUUCCGAAACUGGCUCCUACCAAGAACUUUUGCAGAGAAACGGGGCUUUUGCAGACUUUCUCCAUUCAUAUAACAAUCCAGAAGAGAAAGAGGGCUGUGAUUUACAAGCUGCAGAAAGCACCAAGGACAUCAUCGCUUCCAGAAAUGCUGUGUCCCCAGGAAAGCUCUGCCGAUCUUCUGUUAUGAGGGAUGGAGCCAAAGCCAUAAAUCAAGACUGCACGGCUACUACAGCCCCCAAAGAUGCGGAAAGAUUAACAGAAGGGGAGAAGGUUCGGACCAGCAGGGUCAAUAUUUCCAUUUAUCUGGAUUACCUGAGGACCACAGGGCCUCUGAUCUGUUUGUACAUUGUGCUCUUGUUUGCGUGUCAGCAAGCUGCCUCGUUUUGUCGCGGUUACUGGCUCAGCAUGUGGGCAGAUGACCCUGUUAAUAACAGAACGCAGCAGCACACAGAGCUGCGAGUUGGAGUCUUCGGUGUUCUUGGAGUCCUUCAAGCCAUUGGCAAAUUCGGAUCGACCGCAGCCGUCCUGCUAGGAGGAGUGAUUGCAUCACACAAGCUCUUUCAGCAGUUACUGGAGAAUGUUGCCAGAUCCCCAAUGCUGUUCUUUGAGCAGACGCCCAUCGGAAACUUGCUGAACCGAUUCUCCAAAGAAACCGAUGCCAUUGAUUCCAUUAUCCCCGAUAAACUGAAGUCCCUGCUGGGCUUCUUGUUCAGUUUACUGGAGAUCUACAUAGUUGUUAUAGUGGCCACGCCAAUAGCAGCGGUGGCGAUAUUGCCACUGACAGUGCUAUAUGCCGUGUUCCAGAACUUCUACAUUGCCACCUCCUGCCAGCUGAGACGCCUGGAAGCUGCGAGUCGCUCGCCCAUCUAUUCCCACAUUUCAGAGACGUUCCAAGGGAGCAGCGUGAUUCGUGCUUACAAGGAGCAACCGAGAUUUAUUUUACAGAAUGAUUCCAGAGUGGAUGAGAACCAGAGAACAUGCUUCCCUGGGGUCGUCGCUGACAGGUGGCUUGCUACAAACCUGGAGUUUCUAGGUAAUGGUAUCGUGUUGUUUGCAGCCUUGUUCGCUGUGCUUAGCAAAACACAUCUUAGUCCAGGGAUUGUUGGCUUUUCCAUUUCGUGUGCUCUUCAGAUAACGGGCAUUUUGAACUGGAUGGUGCGCUCCUGGACAGAAAUAGAAAACAACAUUGUUUCUGUGGAGAGAGUGAGAGAGUAUUCAAAAACCCCGAAAGAGGCUCCCUGGACUCUGGGCAGUAAUUCUGCAAGUCAGGCUUGGCCAACUGAAGGAGCAAUUGAAUUUAGAAACUAUGGUGUGCAGUACAGGCCAAAUUUAGAGUUUGCACUAAAGAACAUCAAUAUAAAAAUAAACGGGCAAGAGAAGAUUGGCAUAGCUGGAAGAACAGGAGCUGGGAAAUCAACUCUUGCCAUGGGUCUUUUGAGAUUAAUGGAAGCUGCAGAAGGCGAGAUCUUAAUUGAUGGAGUGAAUAUUGCCCAAAGAGGCCUCCAGGACCUUAGAGCCAAAAUAACUAUUAUCCCCCAGGAUCCAGUUUUGUUUGCUGCUUCUCUACGAAUGAACCUUGAUCCUUUAAAUCAGUACUCGGAUGAAGCCAUUUGGACAGUUUUGGAACUGAUUCAGCUCAAGAACUUUGUAUUGGAUCUGCCUGAUCAAUUGAACCAUGAGUGCUCGGAGCGAGGGGAAAACCUGAGUGUUGGUCAGAAGCAGCUUGUUUGUUUGGCCAGGGCACUCCUGCGGAAAGCCCAGAUCCUGGUGCUAGAUGAGGCCACCGCAGCAGUGGAUCUGGAAACUGAUCUUCAGAUUCAAUCAACCAUAAGGACUCAGUUCAAAGAGUGGACCGUGUUAACAAUAGCUCACCGUAUAAACACCAUCCUAGAUUAUGACAGGAUUUUAGUCUUGGAAAACGGUCAGGUUGCUGAAUUUGAUUCUCCAGAGAAACUAAUAGCUCAGAAGGGACUAUUCUACAGACUGGUUGAAGAAUCAGGCUGUAUCUGAUUAUCACCCAAGGAAGAUACCAGCACCAUCUGAGAGAACAGAUUUGUUCUUAAUUCAGUUACAUCGGUUUGGCUAGAAAAUGCCUGAUACUUAUUCAAAUCUUAUUUGAAACUGAGCUUCAAACUACGCUGGAUAUGUGAAGGGAAACUGCCUUGGUGUAUUUGGAAAAUGAUACAUGUAUACCUGUGUAUUUCAUAUGCUAUAGCUGAGAUGAUGGCCACGGAGAACGAGUCUUCUAUUCACGUUCAGUGAUUGGAAUAUAUUAAAUUAUGGUUGCAACUGAAUGUUAGUUACUGAGUUUGUGGUCACUCUCUUUACGGAGUGAUGACCACUGUAUAAAGUUUUAUGCAGCUCCAAAUUAAUUGGCUUCAUUUUCAAAAUGAAAUACCAAAAACUCAGUUCUGUCCAAUUAAUCAGAUGAACCCAUUAGAAAUCUGGAGUAAGCAUAAAAAAUACGUACUCACAUCUUAUGCAGUUAUGGCAAAGUAACUGAGCUUUCCAAUCAGCUCUGUUUAGAAUAUAAAUAAUGGUAAAAUACACCUUGCAACAUUUAUGGGAGUGCUGUGGAUAUUUCUAGGAAUGCCAAAGAAAUCAUAUUAGAUAGGUAAUGUUCUAAUUGACAGUGAAUAGCAUUUUAAUUAGUAACAAAUGAAUACACAAGUGUUUUCAAUCCCAUGCUCAUUUUAAUGAAUAUGUUAGUCAUUUUAAAAAUGUCCAUAGUUACCCGUGGAUU